AUGGCUAACACGGGCAAGCCCAUGCCCUUGAAUUCACGCUACUCCUUCACUGACUCUGCGGCGGGCAUGCCGGCUCCAGGGUUCGCAGUGAGCGUUGCUGGACAGUCAGGCUACAGGGACAGGGCUUCCUCUCCCUCUAUCUCGGUCGACCAAGCGCCGACCACCCCUGGAAGUGACGUGAUCAACUUCUUCGCGAAAUCACCGUCCUCCAAGUCGCACUUUGAGGACUCGGCCACCGGCGUCGUGCCCAGCAGCGCCAUGCCCGUGUGCUCCGCCCCGGAUACACCCCUCCAGAAGGAAAUCAACAGCGGUUACUCUGUUGGGGUUCCGUCGAGGAUCUCCUUGUCCGGAAGUGUAGGGGCCUCAGCGUCAUCGUGCGGUUUCGCUGGAUCGCCGGCGUUUGCAUCUGGGAACGGCGUCAUCGGCGCUGGUGCUGGUUUACACAGCAACUCGUCGUCCUUCGGCAACAGCCCACAGACGGUGAGCAUCACACCGUCUGUGAAGCUCGACUCACCAUCUUUGAUGUGCACCGUGGCGCGGCCGGCUUCGCCCUCCGCUGCCGAUGGGGUGACCUGUGGCAGCGAGGCCGGUGUUGCAAGCGACAUGGUGAAUGCCCCGGGACCCAUUAGGUCCACAUGUAUCCCUAACAUGCUGAACGGCGUUGGCGCGCCGUUGCAGGCGAUCUACUCGUCUUCGUCGUCCUCGACGUCCUCGGCUCCCAGCCCACUCGCGCAAACGACUUCGUCGCCGCAGUGUGAUGGGAACACCAGCCGCGUCUCCCCCAGUGGCACCUGCUCUCUUCUCUUUGAAGCGGAGGUGAACAUCUCUAGCCCGAACGCAGAAACAACGUCAACCACGCAGGCGCUUGACGAGGACGCGCUCGGUGAGACUCACCGGUGCACCUUCAUCUCGCCCACCGAGAACAACGCCAAAGUCGGCAGUGGCAGGACGCGCUCGCCCAAGACGCCAAGCCACGGUAGCCCUUCCAAGUUAUGUGCCUCGGCGCCGUCGGCCAAGUCGAGCCUGCGUGCAGAUAACGCGGUGACACCGCCGAAGAACUCCUCGAGCCAUUUGAAGCAGCGGCAACAGCGCGCCGGCGCCGCGUCACGACGUCAGCAUGCGAGCAGCAGCAACUGCUCCUCCUCCACUGGCCAGAUGGCUCCUGACAGUUUUCAGAAAGGCGGCAGCAGCCCCACCAGCCAGGACGAGCUUGUUAGCGUUUACGACUCAGACUUCGAGACAUUGCUAUCUAUUCCAGCGUCGCAGGUGCUGCACCGCCCAAACCCGGCUCUAGGAGUGUCACGGCUCGUGCUGUGCCGCAAAUUCAGUCUCGAGAACCCCCAAAGCUGCUCGAAGGGCGAGAUGUGCAAGUUCGUGCACGCCGAUAUCCGAAAAGCGUCCCGGUGCAGCAUCCACGUGAACUACGCAUGGCGCAACCUCGCCCUGUGCACGUAUCCGCGACUGCCGGCCGGUGACGAGAUCACCGUCCUGGCGCCGAACGAGCGGUCGCCGUCGGAGGUGAUUCCCAGCGAGCGUAUUCUUGUCACGCGCGGCAGCACCAACUGGCGAGAGCACACCGCGCCGCUCUCGCACUGCGCGCACUACUACUUCAACCGCAUGUGCAACCGCGGCAAGCGCUGCAAUUUCAUCCACGCCGUGCACGUAGACCCGAACGUGCAAGGCGAUUUCAAGCAUGCGCCUGCGCCGAGGGCGGUGGCGCCGAUUGCGUCGAAGCCAUCAAACUCGGUCGCCUCGCGCGUUGCAAGCGGAGCGCAGGCUGCCUCAAAUGAGGGGCACCACCAGCCCAGCGGUCACCACGGCGGCGCCGCAGCACGGACGGCACCCUCGGCGAAGCAGCCGCAACUGCUGCAACCGGCGCAGCAGAACAACCCCAACAACGUCGCGAACGCGGGUGGUGGAAUCGCCUACGCCUUCGCGCCGAGUAUAUUUGCCCUGCCGCCGCACGGAUGUAUGGCAUACCCACUGCUGAACCCCGCACCAUCGCCGACCGCGAUGGGGGUACCGCAGUCGGCGGGUGGCGUAGCAGGGGGCGCACCGUACGUGAUGCUCAUGAACAGCGCCGGCCAGCAGGUGGGUUGCAGCUACGUUCCUGCCACCUUGAUGCCCCCAACCCCGCAGCAGGUGGGCAGCUCCAACGGCGUCUUCUUGAUUGUGCCGACGGCAAACGGGUCUGGUGGGUCGUUGGGUGGCAGCAGCGCUCCUCUCGGCAGCCCCGGAGUCCCUGUCUCCCCUCUGGGUCAGUCUUUCGGCAGUCUGAGCAACGGCCCCGUUAACUGGUGA